AACUGGAAACUGUGGGAGAAAUAUGUUAACUUCGGCCUCGUUCUGUUUUACUCUUUACUUGUCUUCGCUUUCAUUGGUGCUGCCACGCCCACAUGGGCGUCAAUGAAUACUGAGUUAGGAUUCAGCUACGAGAUUCUGAACGACAGUUACGCGACUGGCAGUGCGACGCUAUGUGUCGGAGCCUUGAUGUUCAUUCCAAUAGCGUUGAAGUUUGGCCGACGACCAGUUUACGUCUUCAGCACAUUGUUGCAAUGCGGCGUGGCAAUUUGGUUUGCGAAAAUUCAAACAGUUGCUGAUUUAAUGCUCGUUAACGCAUUUUCAUGCCUUCUUGGGGCCUUAGCGGAAGUUAUCGUUCAAAUGACGGUAGCUGACACUUUCUUUGUACAUCAAAGAGGCAUGAUGAACACUAUUUAUGUCUGGAUAUUAGUUGUUGGAUCUGCCCUUGCGCCUCUGGUUGCAGGCUACAUAACUGUGUCUCAGGGCUGGCGGUGGGUAUGGUGGUGGAUGGCCAUUCUUUUCGGGGUGUGCUUUGUGCUGUUCCUCUUUCUUUACGAAGAGACUAAGUUUGUUGACUGUAUCACUGGAUCGGCCCCAGCGGACUUAACCCAACAACCAGUUUCUGUGUUCUCUCCAAGAGGCGAAAAAGAGGACAGAAAAACGAAGGAAGAUAUCGAUACAGAAUUUGACGGAAUGACUUGCAUGCGAUUCGGCUUAACUCCUCCAGAAAUCGAUUUCUCCAUCCCUCGCAAAACCUAUUCGGAGAAACUUUCCUUAUGGUCACCAUCCCCAGGAUCACUUAAAUUCUUUGUCCGACAUACUUACCAACCUCUCGUUGUGACUCUCACUUUCCCAGCAGUUUUCUAUGUUUCCGUGGUUUACGGAGUUCUGACUGCCACUUGGCAAGUUAUGAUUACCGUGGUUGCUUCUGUCAUGCCUGAGCCACCAUAUAAUUUUAAUGCGUCCCAGGUUGGUCUGAUGACUUUGGCUCCAUUCAUCGGAACUACGAUCGGGAGCUUGCUUGUUGCGCCCGUGAGUGAUAGGCUAGUUCUGAGGCUGGCAAAGAGAAAUGGUGGGCUAUUCGAACCUGAAAUGCGCCUAUGGAUCUUGCUGGCUUUUGCCCCGCUGGUUCCGGCAGGGAUACUACUAUUUGGAUAUAGCCUCGGGAACUCGAAGCCUUGGUAUAUCGUUGCCAUCGGCUACGCAAUCUUUGGGCUUGCUAUGGGCCCUGUGAGCAGUGCUUCUUUGACCUAUUUGACGGAUGCUUAUACAAACAUCGUGGCCGACUCACUCGUGGGUGUAACUUUCGUCAGAAACCUUUUGGCAACGGCCUUGGUGUUUGCAGUCACUCCAUGGACUGCCGCUGUCGGGCUUUCAAACAUGUUUCUUACGAUUGGGAUAUUCAUGGCGGUGACUCUGGUCCCUGGUACAAUCGCCUUCAUCUACUAUGGGAAGAGAAUGAGAGCCAGGACGGCAAAUAAGUAUUGUCACUAUUCAGCAUUACAAGCUGAAGCUCGGGCGAUGUAA